AUGGCUAGCCAGAACCCCACCGAUACCCCCGCCGUCGAGGGCGCUGCUGCCCCUCAGGCUCUGCCUGAUCGCACCGCCAACCCCGCUGAUAACCAGACGGGUGAGUCAAAGAACGCCGCCAAGAAGGCCGCAAAGCUUGCAAAGCUCGCUGCUGAAAAGGCUGAGAAGAAGGCCGGUGGCAACAAGAAAGAAAAGGCUCCCAAGACCGAGGCCAAGAAGGCUCCCAAGAAGAAGGCCGAGGGUCCCCUUCUGAUUGGAAUUGAUGCAAAGAAGGACACCGACUUCCCCGAGUGGUACCAGCAGACGGUAGUCAAGAGUCAGAUGCUCGACUUCUACGAUGUCUCUGGAUGCUACAUUCUCAAGCCCACUUCGUACUUCAUCUGGGAGGAGAUUCAGAACUGGUUCAACAAGAAGAUCAAGAGUAUUGGUGUCAAGAACUGCUCGUUCCCUCUGUUCGUGUCGGAGGAUGUCCUGCAACGCGAGAAGGACCACAUUGAGGGAUUCGCCGCUGAAGUCGCCUGGGUUACCCACGCUGGCUCCACCCCUCUCGAGAAGAAGAUCGCCAUCCGCCCUACCUCCGAGACCGUUAUGUACCCAUACUACGCAAAGUGGAUUCGCAGUCACCGUGAUCUCCCCCUGCGUCUCAACCAGUGGAACUCCGUCGUCCGCUGGGAAUUCAAGAACCCCCAGCCGUUCCUCCGUACACGAGAGUUCUUGUGGCAAGAAGGUCACACCGCACACCUUACAGAAGCUGCUGCCCGCGAAGAGGUCUUGAUUAUUCUCGAAUGGUAUGCCAAGAUUUACGAGGAGCUUCUCGCUGUUCCCGUUAUCAAGGGUCAAAAGACCGAAAAGGAGAAGUUUGCCGGUGGUCUCUACACUACCACCGUCGAAGGUUAUAUCCCUGCCACUGGACGUGGUAUUCAGGGUGGUACAUCCCACGGUCUGGGCCAGAACUUCAGUAAGAUGUUCGGUAUCACCGUUGAAGAUCCCUCUGCCAAGGAAGGUGAGAAGAAGGACCCUCUCCUCGUCUGGCAGAACUCCUGGGGUUUGUCGACACGUACCCUCGGUGUCAUGGUUAUGGUCCACGGUGACGACAAGGGUCUGGUUCUCCCUCCCCGUGUGGCAGAGACCCAGGUCAUCAUUGUUCCUGUCGGUAUCACAGCCAAGCACUCCGAAGAGGAGCGCGAGAAGCUCACGGCUGAGGUCGACGGCCUCGUCGCUGUCCUCGUUGCCGCCGGUGUCCGUGCUGAGAGCGACCUCCGUAGCUACUCUCCCGGUUGGAAGUUCAACCAGUGGGAGAUGCGCGGAGUGCCCCUGCGCCUUGAGUUCGGCCCCGGCGAGUCCGCCGGCCACUUCGUCACCGCUGCCCGCCGUGACAUGGGCAAGGAGGGCAAGACCUCCAUCCCUAUUCCCGAGUUGGCAACCGCUGUUCCCGAGCUGCUCGAGACCAUCCAGAAGGAUCUCUUCAACCGUGCCGACCACGAGUACAAGACCCACCGCAAGCAGAUCACCAACUGGGACGAUUUCACCCCCGCACUCAACGAGAAGAACAUCUGUGUUAUUCCCUUCUGUCUGGUUGAGGAGUGUGAGGACCAGAUUAAGGAAAUGUCUGCUCGCAAGGCCGAGGAAGACUCUGGUGAGGCCGAGGAUGCCAAGGCCCCCAGCAUGGGCGCUAAGUCGCUGUGCAUUCCCUUCGAUCAGCCCGAGGGUAUCGAGGCCGGUGUUACUCGCUGCUUGAACCCCCACUGCACCCGUUUCGCCGAGAAGUGGUGUAACUUCGGCCGUUCCUACUAA